AUGUCACCAGUAGUUACCACAGAGAUGUCACCAGUAGUUACCAGGGAGAUGUCACCAGUAGUUACCAGGGAGAUGUCACCAGUAGUUACCAGGGAGAUGUCACCAGUAGUUAUCAGAGAGAUGUCACCAGUAGUUACCAGAGAGAUGUCACCAGUAGUUACCACAGAGAUGUCACCAGUAGUUACCAGGGAGAUGUCACCAGUAGUUACCAGGGAGAUGUCACCAGUAGUUACCAGGGAGAUGUCACCAGUAGUUACCAGGGAGAUGUCACCAGUAGUUACCAGAGAGAUGUCACCAGUAGUUACCACAGAGAUGUCACCAGUAGUUAUCAGGGGGAUGUCACCAGUAGUUAUCAGGGAGAUGUCACCAGUAGUUACCAGGGAGAUGUCACCAGUAGUUACCAGGGAGAUGUCACCAGUAGUUACUAGGGAGAUGUCACCAGUAGUUACCAGGGAGAUGUCACCAGUAGUUACUAGGGAGAUGUUACCAGUAGUUACCAGGGAGAUGUCACCAGUAGUUACCAGGGAGAUGUCACCAGUAGUUACCAGGGAGAUGUCACCAGUAGUUACCAGGGAGAUGUCACCAGUAGUUACUAGGGAGAUGUUACCAGUAGUUACCACAGAGAUGUCACCAGUAGUUACCAGGGAGAUGUCACCAGUAGUUACCACAGAGAUGUCACCAGUAGUUACCAGGGAGAUGUCACCAGUAGUUACUAGGGAGAUGUUACCAGUAGUUACCACAGAGAUGUCACCAGUAGUUACCAGGGAGAUGUCACCAGUAGUUACCAGGGGGAUGUCACCAGUAGUUACUAGGGAGAUGUCACCAGUAGUUACCAGAGAGAUGUCACCAGUUGUUACCACAGAGAUGUCACCAGUAGUUACCAGAGAGAUGUCACCAGUAGUUACCAGAGAGAUGUCACCAGUAGUUACCACAGAGAUGUCACCAGUAGUUACCAGGGAGAUGUCACCAGUAGUUACCACAGAGAUGUCACCAGUAGUUACCAGAGAGAUGUCACCAGUAGUUACCACAGAGAUGUCACCAGUAGUUACCACAGAGAUGUCACCAGUAGUUACUAGGGAGAUGUUACCAGUAGUUACUAGGGAGAUGUCACCAGUAGUUACCAGAGAGAUGUCACCAGUAGUUACCACAGAGAUGUCACCAGUAGUUAUCAGGGAGAUGUCACCAGUAGUUACCAGGGAGAUGUCACCAGUAGUUACCACAGAGAUGUCACCAGUAGUUACCAGGGAGAUGUCACCAGUAGUUACUACAGAGAUGUCACCAGUAGUUACCAGAGAGAUUUGUCUAAUGUCCGUGUUAUGGUUGGCGAUACUGUGGUGGAAGCAACUUAUCAUAUCAUACAUCUCAGUACCUGAUUGCAUACAUGAAAUAUGA